CUUCAAAUAACUAUUUCCAACAAAAGAUUCCCUUUUCCACCCCUAACAAACUUUCAACCACCCUACCUUCCCACCAACCAAAUAUUCAAUAUUCACACUCUCGAAUAGAAUCUCAGAAUCAUCACUCUGCUAUCGAACAAAGCCAGUCAAUAAAAUACCCGCCAUCAUGCCUCAAAAAUGGGAUGACGACGAGGACAACAGCACCCCUCCCUCCUCUCCACCCUCCGGGGCCGUCCAGGCCGUCGGUGUCCCGACCCGCAGGGGCAAAUUCGAUGAUGAAGAGAGCGACAGCGAUGUCCUAGACUCCUGGGAUGCAGCCGAGGACUCCGAGGUGGAGCGCGAGAAGGCCCAAGUCGCAGCCGCGAAGAAGGCCAAGGCUGACGCCGAGGCCGCCGCGAGCAAGAAGUCCAAGUCCCAGCGCGUAGCUGAGCGCAUCGCCGCCAAGAAGCUUCUCCUCGAGGCGGACAGCGACGCCGGGAGUUCCGAUGAGGAUGAGGGUGCCCGCCGCGAGCGCCUGCGUCGCACGGAGCAGGAGGCUGAUCUGGCUCACGCCGAGGACCUCUUCGGCGCUGUAGGCAUAAGCAAUAACCGCUGCCAGAAGACGGCUGCCAACGCUGUGGUCCUUGACGCCCAGGACCCGAGCACGACUGUCGACCUCGCGAAGCUGCCGCUGUUCGACCCGAAGACCAAGCUGCAGUUUGAGCGCAUGCGCGAGACGCUUGUGCCGCUGCUGACGGCCAACGUGUCCAAGGCGCACUAUGUCAUCUUCCUGCAGGAGUUCACCAAGCAGCUUGCCAAGGACCUGCCGUCGGACCAGAUCAAGAAGGUUUCCAGCGGCCUGACGGCGCUGAGCAAUGAGAAGAUGAAGGAGGAGAAGGCGGCGGAGCGCGGGGGCAAGAAGUCAAAGGCGGCGAAGAACAAGGUCGCGCUUACGGCGAGCAGGAAUGUCGCUAGCACGGCUGAUGUGAAUGCCUACGAUGACGACUUUGGAGACGACGACUUCAUGUGAACACCUCUCUACUAGUCCAUUCCUCGCGCACGCGCUCCCCUUGGCUCUCACCCCUCUACCGCCGUCCUUUCGCGCCGCCCGUCGCCGAC